CGCCACCAGACCGCUCCCGACAGCUCUCCCUCAGACUUGCUUGCGUAUUCUUGCCUUUCUUGAGACGUCCUGUUGGCUGAACCAUGGCCAAUCCCGAAGCAAGACUUCCUAAACGGCCUGGAAUGGGCUCGGUCGGCAGAAGCCUUUAUGUGACCACCAACAUCGUGAAGAUGACCCGAUUCUCCACCUCGAAUGUCUUUCAAUACGACGUGACCAUUCAUCCUGAGCUUCCUCCCGAAAAGGCCAAGGCUCUCUUCUGGCAUGCUCGCAAACUCUUGCCCGCCACCGUCUCGAACGGUGAGCCAGACAAAAAAAUCGAUCUCUUUGUCGUCUUUGAUGGCCAAAAGAUUGCUAUUGCCAACGCUCGCUUGCCCGAGUCCACCAUGACCUUCACCGUUCCCUAUGACGAGGACGAGCAAAGCGAAAUGGAGCGACUCGCCUCGACGCCUGCCAAACCAAUGCCCGCUGGAGGCAAUUUCGGCCCAAGGGGACGCGGCGGUUACCAGCAGAGGAGCCAGGGACGCUACUCGCCACCGUCCACUUCCAGAGCUCCCACUUCCUUUCACAGGCUGUCUCCCCGGAGCAAGGCCCAGCAGAAAGAGUUCACCAUCACCUUCAAGGAAGCUACAACCAUCAACUUUUUUGAGCUCCAGAGGUUCUGCCAUGCCAAAGCCGACAAGAGCGAGAGCAUCGAGCACGCUUUGGCAGCCAUAGGCAUUAUUCUGCGCUCCGUCCCGAGCCGCCACUAUCUGCGCAUCCGCGACAACAUUUUCUCGCCAAACGAUCGCAUCAAAAUCUCCAACGGCCUUGAGAUCUGGCGUGGAUUCCACCAGUCUGCGCGCCCCAUGCGCUGCGGAAGCCUCGGUGUCAACAUCGACAUCGCCACCGCCGCCUUCCGCACCGGCGGAAAGAACCUCGUCGACAUUGCCAUGGACAUUCUUGAUUGCAAGGACCCCAGGAAUAUCCUCCCAGGCCUGGAUAUCUUGAGCAAGGAGCUCAAGAACGUCAAAGUCGAGACCAACUACCGCGGCGAGGGCGUUCGUCGCCGCUACCGCAUCGGUAAGAUCCUCAGCGAGACCCCCGACCGUUUCAGGUUUGAUAUCAAACGCGAAAACGACACCCGAAAUGUGUCGGUGGCUGAGUAUUUCAUGGAGCAGUACGAAUAUCGCGUUCGCUACGGGUUCCUCCCUUGCAUCAAGUCUUCAAACGGGCGGAUCGUUGUUCCCAUGGAGUGUGUGAAUGUCGUGCCCGGUCAGCGCUUCCUCAAAAAGCUCAGCGCAAGACAAACAGAUGAUAUGCUCAAGACCGCCAAAACCAAUCCAAACGAACGACGUCGCCAGAUCGAGCAGGCCCUCAGCAGCGUAGAGCUGUUCAAGUACGAGACCAAUGACACCGCUCGCGCCUUUGGAAUCCAAGUCGAGUCGCAGCCCUCCCUCAUGUCCGUGCCAGCGCGGGUCCUCCAGUCCCCGGAAUUGGUCUUUGGCAACACCAGCCUCCGAGCCAAUAAUGGCUCCUGGAUGCUCAAGAAUGUCGAGUUUUACUCUUCGCCUGUGGUGCGGAGCAUCGGGUUCGUUUGGUUUGCACCCAAAGGUCAAUACGAAGCCGAAGCCAUUGCCCACGCUCUUGUCCGGAAGUGGCAAAGAUACGGCAUAAAUAUCUGCGCCAAACACAUCCCAGUCCAUAUCGCCAAUAUUAACCCACAAAAUGUUGCCACCGAUGUCUCAACCGCGAUGAUGACAUGUUUCAAAGAAACGGAGAAGAAAAACGGCACCAGGCCCUCGAUCCUUGUUUGCAUCAUUCCGGCCAUUGGCAAUUCCAAGAAGGGCAAUACUGCAAUCUAUGCGGCCGUCAAGAAGAUAUCGCUGUGCACCGCCGGAGUUAUAACCCAGUGUCUUGUGGACAGAAACGUGGCCAAUGCCCAGGAUAUAAAUGAUCAGUACGCCGGCAACGUCGCCACCAAGGUCGCCAUAAAGCUCGGCGGCAAAGUCAACAAAGUCCGCCAGAUGCCCCCUCUCAUGUCUCGCCCGACCUUGAUUUUGGGAAUCGAUGUGAGCCACCCGCCACCAGGAUCGGCUGCUCCCUCCAUCGUUGCCCUUGUUGCUGGCAUCGAUCCCGAAUCGACUCGCUUCGUGCCCUUUGUCAAACUCCAGUUGUCCCGCAGCGAAGGCGUCCUGGAGCUCAAGGCCAUGGUGAUCGAGGCCCUCAAAGCUUUCCGCAAAAACAACUUGAUCAACGGCAUCCCCAUUUCGCCCGAGAAGAUCAUUGUCUACCGUGACGGCGUCUCCUCAGGCCAAUUUGAAAACAUCCUGGACUUGGAGGUCGCCGCGAUUCAGGAUGCGUGCCACGAGCUCAACUUGAACAACAUCGGCGUCACCUUCAUUAUCUGCCAGAAGCGCCACCACGUCCGCUUCUUCCCACAGGACAACGGACCCGGAGGCGACCGCACCGGCAACUGCUCUCCAGGCACUCUGAUCGAAGAUACCAUCACCCAUCCGUUCGAAUAUGACUUUUUCCUCCAGUCCCAUGCCGGACUCCUUGGAACCAGCCGACCAACUCACUACCAUGUGAUCUACGACGACAACAAGAUCCGCCCCGAUGAUCUGCAGGCGCUCACAUACAACCUGACCUAUCUGUCCGGCCGCGCAACCCGCAGUCUCAGCAUCGCCAGCCCGGUCUAUUUUGCGCACCAUCUGGCAGACAAGGCCAAGCUCCUCCUGGAUGACAACUUUAGCGACAUCGCUAGUACAAGCACCGCGAGUGGUCAGAGAGGUCCGAGCGACCCAAACAACCCCAGCAACCCGAGCGGCAAAACCCCGGUGGAGGCAACACUCCUCCCGCUUGCCUGCCCCAUUGCCGAUGCCUAUAGUAUGUUCUACAUGUGAAACCACCCUGUCUGCAAAGUUCACAUCCACAAAGGUGGAUGCGCCUGGCUCCUCGUUGGUGAGAGCAGCCCAAGCGCAAAGCAGACAAGGAUGCUGGCCAUGGCGACCCCCAAUCCGCCGGUGCUGGUCGACGAGACGA